AUGCCUACGUACUCCAUGAUGGGAUCUUUCAGAGGACACAUGAGUCUCAAAAGUAGCCCUUUUUCUCCCGGACCUUCCUGCAAGCUCUCCAAACAGUACAUUAUUCAAGAUCACAUGGCUGCUCAUUACAAGAAACUGAUGUCUGUCAAGGCUGCUGUUGACUCAUCUGCACCAAAGAGUCUGCAUACCAGUGUUAAAUACAAGGAUCAGCAGAAAAGAGACAGACUUAUUCAAGCCCUUGAGAAAUAUAAGAAGGAUCUUGUACCUGGUCUUCCUGCCUCAUCGUUCAACUCCAGAGGUGUUUCUCCAAGCCAGCCGAAGGCGAGGUGGUCACUGUUGGAAAAUGGUCACUUAUAUUUGACGACUGGUCCAAACAACUGUUCCAGGAUAGAGAGAGAGCAGUCCCCCUCUGUAUCUUUCCAGAAGCUCACUUCAAGGACUCUGAUGCCAGCUCCUACUUCAAGAAAGACUAUCCAAAGUACUGCUCAGCAUGCUUUGUCUCAGAAUCCUGUUCACAGCUCUAGUACAGACAGAUCACCUGCUUCACCACAUCUGCAGUCUCGCAUCAGUUUAGGCACUCACAACAGGAAGAAGACAUUUCAAAACUCUUGUAAUAAAACAUAUUCUGGGGACCUCCUUGACAGACAUUCAAUUUACUUCACAGAAAAGAAGCAGCGUUUUACCCCUCAAAUUUUAAAGACAUCACACCAAUCUUUUCUUGUAAAACAGAGGUGCUAUAAUCCCCCUUCCAAAAAAGAGAUCUCCUCCCCUGGCAGAUCAGCAGUUAAAUCAGCAGGUGUCAAUAAUGAAAAGAAAAGAGAGUUGCACAGAUUUUUAGAAGAUACAUAUGUGAGACCACAUUCAGAUCACUUUGCUCAGCAGCCAGUUGAGAACCAUGAAUUACAGACCCCUGAUUCUGAAAUGCCAGUUUCUCCAGGAUUACAACUUGAAGAAAAAGAAGAAGAGUAUCUUUGUUUUCUUCAAGAUCUUACAAACGAUAUUUUGAUUAGAAGUUGUUACCAGGAAAAGGCCUUGGAAGAUGUAUUUCAAAUGCACAUUAAAAGUAAGAGGCAUAACCUUGAUGAGGUAGAGAGAAGAAGAAUAGUUCAAAGCCUGAAGAAAGAGCUGAACAUCACAAACCAACCAGACCCUUCCAUCAGCUGCAACGGCGCAUGGCAAAAGGCCUCCAGCAUUCCCCCAACAAGCUUUUAA